ACCAGUGGCCAAGUAGCGGCCGAGUAGAUCGCGGUGGUUUGUAGUGUGUAUCAUUUUGAGGUUCCAAAAAUGCCGAGUCAAGAAGUCGUGACAACGAAAGUUGUGGUUCACCCACUCGUGCUGCUGAGUGUGGUGGACCACUUCAAUCGAAUGGGCAAAAUUGGUAACCAGAAAAGAGUGGUCGGUGUGCUUCUGGGCUGCUGGAGGGCCAAGGGAAUCCUCGAUGUGUCAAACAGCUUUGCAGUACCUUUCGACGAGGACGAUAAAGACAAAAGUGUAUGGUUCCUGGAUCACGAUUACCUCGAGAACAUGUAUGGGAUGUUCAAGAAAGUCAAUGCUCGAGAGAAGGUAGUUGGUUGGUACCACACCGGGCCCAAGUUGCAUCAAAACGAUGUGGCGAUCAAUGAAUUGAUCAGAAGAUACUGCCCCAACUCGGUUUUGGUGAUUAUCGACGCCAAGCCGAAGGAUCUCGGCCUUCCUACGGAGGCGUAUCAGGCAGUCGAGGAAGUGCACGAUGACGGUUCGCCCACCUCGAAAACUUUCGAGCACAUCCCCAGCGAAAUUGGGGCGGAAGAAGCGGAGGAGGUCGGGGUGGAGCAUUUGUUGCGGGACAUCAAAGACACCACCGUCGGUACGCUCAGCCAAAGAAUCACGAACCAGCUGCUCGGCUUGAAAGGCCUUCACGAGCAAAUCCGGGAAAUUAGAGAUUACCUGCUUCAGGUUGGCAGCGGAAAAUUACCUAUAAAUCACCAAAUCGUUUAUCAGCUCCAAGAUAUCUUCAAUUUGUUACCCGACAUGACUCAGAGUAGCUUCGUAGAUUCGCUAUACGUAAAAACGAACGACCAGAUGCUGGUCGUGUACCUAGCGGCUCUGGUUAGGUCCAUAGUAGCGUUGCAUAAUUUAAUUAACAAUAAAUUGACGAACCGUGACGCCGAGAAGAAGGAGACCGACGGGAAGAAGGAUAUGAAAAAGGAGGAGAAGAAAGAGGAGGAGAAGAAGGGGGAGGAGAAGGCGAAAACUAAGAGCCAGUGAUCGGAGCAUCCUUGAGCAUGCUCAAUCGCGCGAUUGAGAUUGUUAAAGUUGAGGACGACCACUGAUUCUGCGUGCGUGCAUGCGUGUAACAGCGGAGUCUUCUCACAAUUUGUACAGAAUCGCACCUUAUUUCGAGAUAAACGACGAUUCGAGCCUACGCAAAUUAUCGCGAGGCAAGUCGUUUCCCGAGCCGUUCUCGCGUAAUUCUGUGAAUGAAUUUUUAAGAUACUAAGCGUAGAAGAGAAUAUAUAUAUGUGUACAUGAAACGGUAACUCCGAACAUUUCCGUACUUUCGAUGUAACGAACGAUGUAGUAAAUAUAUUGAAAAAUUUUGUCUUAAAACACUUUUGCAGUCUAUUGCGACUAUUACAAUAUUUUCCGCGUUCCAAUUAACAGUUCGCUAAUGUAAGAUAGCAAUCUGCGAGAAACAUGCCGCAAUUUUGGAUAUUUAUCUCGUCAACUUCAUUAAUUGACAUUAAAGUUAAUUUGAUAAUAUCGAUAAUUGAAACUGAUUGAUGUAAAAGAAAAAAGUUUUCUAAAUCACCUCUGCCGUGUAACUUAAUGCUGUCGGUUACACAUUAUGCAUGAUUAAAUGUCAUGGAUAUGUUUCUAGGAAAUACAAAUCAUCUCCCGUUAAGGAAAAAACUAUUAUAUUAAUAAUAAAAUGAUUAUUUGC